UGUAAAUAGUGGCUGUUGCAUUGUUUGCAGAAGGUUUUCAAGUUUAACCAUUCAUGAGCUGAUAAGGAAGGUAGUCGACGAACGUGUUCAAACCUGCUGGUGAAAGGAUUAAGAUCCCCUCCCUUCAAGAAUGAACUCAGAACAAUAGAAUGUACAAGGAUUUCCAGGUAACAAGCGGGGGAAAGAAUACAAGGUUAAAGAGAAUAAUACUAAAGUUAUUGGGAAACGAGACUUCCGUGAACCUAUCAGGUGAGGUCAGACCUUCACUCUGGUGCGUGAAGCAACAGUUUGUAAACGAUCGGGGUCAAAGGUCAGUGAGGGAAUCACAGCCGUACGUCCCAGAGAAAGCAACUGGAUUACUUUCUGUAAAGAUGGAACCGUUUGUAUGGGACUGUCUGUCCUGUUUGCUUCCUUCCCUGUUCCUGUUCCUGCUGAGUCUCGUCCUCCGCUGGCUCAGAGCACGUUGUCGGACAGGACGGGCGUCCAUGACUGAAGAAGAACCCGCGCUCAUCUGCAAAACCUCUGCGCUGGCAAAAUAUCUGCUGCGCCACUGUGGCUCUCUGGCCAGGCCGAGACCGGCCGCCUGGCCCAGGGGGGACCCCCACCUCCAGACCCUCUCCGCUCUGCUGUGUGGACCAGCAGGAGACACAGUAGAGUUCACCAGGGACAAUCUGCUGCUGAGAGACGGGGGGAUUGUAGCGGUGGACUGGGCUCUGGAGACCAGACUGGGUGAGAGGACUGGGAGGGGGAGGUGGGAGGGGAGGAAGGAGCAUCAGUCGGGGGGAAAGGCGCUGGGUUGUUUCACCUCGGCGCCUCCUGUCCUUGUCCUCAUCCCUCAUUCAUGGGGAGGGGUGAGCCCUCACUUGAAGGCUCUGUGCCUUCAGGCCAUGCGUCAGGGCUUCUACGUGGUGGUGUUCCACCCCCGGGCCACAGCAGGGUGCCCGCUGACCACAGCACGACUCACCGAGUUCGGAGACCCGGCUGAUCUUGAGCAGGCAGUGACCUACAUUCACAGCCGCCACCCGUCCUCCGAGCUGGUGGCGGUGAGUGAGGGUUCAGGUUCAGGGAUCCUUCUCUCCUACCUGGGGGAAUGUGGAUCCAGCACAUACCUGACUGCAGCUGCUGCCCUCUCACCCGUGCUCCUGGGCCAGCUGUGGUUCCAAACAGCCAUGCCUGCCAUUUAUCGCUGGGGUGCGCUGUUCCACCGGAAACUGCAGCUGAGGAGAUACGCAAACUCCUUCAGAGGAGUCGUGGAUGUGGACCGGGCCCUCAGCUCUUCCUCCCUGAGAGACUUUGAAGAAGCUCUUUUCUGCUCUUCGGCCCAACGUCCAGAGAAUCCUCCAGUAAACUCUCUUAACAACUCCGGACUGAGGCCAAGACCUCAUAAUGAGAGGGAGGUGGCUCCCUCGGUGGCCUGGGCACUGGGGGAAAGGGCUCAGCCAGCCGAGGACUGGGACAGCUACUGGGAGAGGAACGAACCCCUGAGAGAUGCAGAUGAAGUGGCCCUCCCUGUGCUCUGCAUCUGCAGCCGUGACGACCCUCUCCUCCCUCCUGCCUCCACUCUACCCAUCGCCCUCUUCCAGAACAAUCCCCACUUCUUUCUGGUGUUCACGGACAAAGGAGGGCACUGUGGAUUCACCCGAGACCGACAGGAGAUGGAGGAAGGGAAGGGUGAAAAUAAGGAGGUGGAGGAAGCUAGCUGGAGUCACAUUGCAGUUCUGGACUACUUCAGAGUGGUGGCUGAUUUCCUAAGAGGGGAGAGGAGGGAUGGGACAAGCUGGGGGGGUCCACUAGGGGGAAACAUCCAUGCUGGGCAGAGGAACAGGGGCAGCACCAUGGGCCCUCUCCGCAGGAGGAGAGCCAGCGUGAUGAGGAGGCCGAGACCUCAGGCACCAGAACAGAGCAGCGUGGAUGCAGAAGGAGAGAACUUCACCUGGAAGAGGUCCUAUACACGCUGAAGAGGAAGAUGGUGGAGGAUCAGAAAGAUUCUAUUGAUUUUUGUACCUUGUCAAUCAAACGUCUGGAAUAUAAAAGCAACCAAGUAAUGGACAGCUGUUGGAAACGAUAUUUUAGUUCAGGAAUGGGUUAAGACAAACUAAGAUCGCUCAUGAUACAAUACAUGGUCCACAAUAACGCUAUCAUCAUACAGCAAUUCUGCACUAAUCAUACAAGACAAUCGUAUAAUGAUACAUCACAAACUAAACAAAAUCACCCUAAAGAGUUAAAGUGCAGGAUUCGUUCUGUAAUUUGGUCUCAGUUUCAGAGUUUGACACAAACUGAGUUGAAACAAUGGAGAAAAAAAAUUGCAUAAAGUUGAAUCUUCUAAUGUCUCUUUGGUCUUUUACAAACACACUGUAGAUUGUAACAUGUGCCAUUAUUCAAAUUUAAAAUGACCACAAACUAGAGAAUAUAAAUAUAACUAAAUAUUGAAAUUUGGCCCCAGCAUAUUGAUAAUGUGAGUAAGGCCAAUAUGUUACAGAAACUACUUUGUCCCACUCUUCCACUUUGUAUGUAUCAAAACAUGAUGAAUCCACGUUCAGAGCCGCUUUGAGAAAAAAAAGUCAAUAAAGAAAAAGGUUUUUAAAGCUUUAAA